AUGGAGAUUCUUGAGACUCUCUGGUCGGUACUGAACCUGGUCACCACAUCUUGCCGCAACAUGUCUCGCGCGAACCGGGAGGAGACUAUUAACUUCAACAUAAACGACAUAAACUUGAAGAAAAUCCGGAACCUCACGCCUGAUAUGAAGGCCGUGGAGUCCGAGUUACUCGAGCGGGAGCAUGAAGCGAGCGAAGAGCAAGGUCUGGUCAAGCUUGUGAUAAACAGGCUACAGAUACAGAUAGAACAGCUAAGCUGGCAGGCCUUUGACAAAAACCAUAAGCCUCUCUCAGAGUCCAAUCAGGCGAAGUUGUCUUCCGCUCGUGCCGACUUGAAGUCACGUAUCAAGAAGCACAAUGCCCUCGCGCGGGAACUAUUUGGUCCACUACCCGCCACUGCAGACAUACCGUCUGGAGACCCGCUGUUUGGUGCAGGUGUACGUUUAGGGACCAUACCGGACGAGGACCCAUCAGACGACCGGGGCGGCACCUGGCGGCAGGACCGGCAGAUCGGCACUCGGCAGCCGGAGUUCUAUCCUGUCGACCUCCCAUCCUCUAGGGGAGGGGAUCUCA